AUGGCUGAUGCUCUGGAUGAGACAGAAGAGAGGCGGAUAAGGCAUAUCUCGGGGUAUCCAGAUUUUGGGUAUCCACCUGAGUGGAUUCCAAUGGGCUUGGGGGGCGACCGAGCGCUGUAUAGACGGCCACGUGUGGUGCCAGUAUACAACCCAAUCGUACAUGCGCAGUAUGGUGAUCAAAAUCAGGGUGGGUUCGAUCCGUUUGAUACUAGUAUGAUGGGUCAGCAGAUGAGCACGAGUGGCUGUCAAGAUAUUGAGCAGACAGAGGAGAGCAGGAGUGAAGAUUGCGAUUGGCACGCUGCAACGCGGGAACAAGAACAACGCUACGCCCGCCUUAGGCAGUCCGAACAACAACUAGAACCUGAGCAAGGGCAUGUGCAAAUGGCCGAGACUGAAAAGAGUCUGGGCACGAGAGUUAUCAGGAACAGUCCCGCCCAGCAGAGCCGCGAAAUCGGCGAAGCCACAGGUCCACGCAGGUACGGUAUAUCACCGCAGCCAUCGUCUUCUUCCGACGACGGCGAAACAUCUUCCCCAAAAUUCAACUCCGCGCAGCCCCCUCCACACGUGAAGAGCCUGAGUGGCACAACACUGCACGAUGUCCUUACCGGUGAAAAAGGAAGUGGAUGUCAAAUCGUUCGACAUAUCCACGCUUGCUCGAUCCGCUACUCCGAGAAACCAGAUGGUCACUUCGAACACUUCCACCACAAUGACGACGAUGAUCCAGGUCCGACCAAACCUCACCCUCACUACGAGCAGAUAGCGGUGAAUGGUGAGAUUGUGGUUAGGCAUGAUACUGGUGUGGAGUCGACUCCUAUGGACAACCAUACCGGCCCUAUACCUUAUCGAACAGCCAGUAUCACGGCCGCUCAUGAUGAAGAUGACAUUGCUCUGAUCCAUGCUGAUCCUGUUACUUCUCGGACGGUCAGUGUCGUGGUAUCGCAUGAGGAUGGCAUUCCGCCUGAGAACAGGACCAACAUCACUCUUUCGCGAUUCCGAAGAGCACAGAUUAUGCAGACGGGGAGGGCACUGGAGAACGUACAUGCUAGACGGAAUGAGAGGGAUGUGGAGGGAAGGGAGGCGCUGGAGAGCGCUGGGCUAAAUACGAGCAACACACCUUCGAAUUCCACUAGCAGCGGCAAUGCAGGCCAACGUAACGAAGGUGAUGAGCCUUCAUCUGUAGGCAUACAGCACAACCAUCCUAACUCUCCCACCGAGGAAGAAAUCGCACGUCUUCACAACACGCCUGUGCAAUGGCCGCAGCCUGCACAUCAUGCAAACGAAACGGACCAAUCGAGACGCGCACAUAGCGGCGACAGCAUGGAGGCUGACCGACAGGCUGAGAUUGAUCGGGAUCUGGAUACGGUAUAUGAUAAGUAUGCACAAUUCCAAGCUGAUGAGUUUGUGAGGCAAUACCCACACCUUGCUGAACAGGGAAGGCAACAAGAACAAGGACAUGCACCUGACAUGCGAGGAGGCUACGGAUUGGACCGUGCUUCUGAAGAAGAGGAAGAGACGAGCGUCGAGGAGGCGCAGUGGCUUGACAGACAGCAAUUACUGGCAGCUCAACAGCAGGAACAUUCACCGAGAGAACGAGCUGCUGAAGCCGAACGAGCUUUUUGGCAGCGCCAUCGUGAGGGAUUGGAUGCUGACACCACACGUUGGAACGAGCGACGGGCUGCUGGGCGAGUACGAUGCGCUGCAUACCCGAUGGAUCUGGACAGAGAGUUUGUGUAUCAACGUCAUUUCGAGUCAGCGGAUGAAGCUGUGGUGAAUGAAGAAGAGUUGAGACCAGUAUCUUACAGACACCAACCACGACGUAGACUCUUCGGGGCUGAAGAUGCCCCAGUCCGCCAGUCCGCACAUCAUUGCGAGCUCCGUCAGCGACCGAACUUUCUAGCGCUGGAAGAAGAUGUCCUGCAAGCCGAAACCUUGGAACAGUGUGAGAGCAUCGGUAACUCUCUGGCCGAACUUCAGCUUGCGCUUAACAGAAGACAUGCGGAUCUGACAGAGGCUCGUAGGUUGCGGCAGAACGCAAGAAGCGCCGCACGAGCAGCACGUGCAAAUGUGCACCGGGAUCUGCAACGGCUCGCAAUAGCAAGUACGAGCCUGCAAUUCUCAGCAGUGGCGACUCGCACACUCAUGCAGAACGCGAGAAAUGCUGCACGAGUAUGCCGGAAUUUUGAUGUGGACGACGAAGAGCGAUACUCCUUCACUGCUCAGUACCCGAUGAACUACGAUGGUGUAUCGCAAUUUGGAGAUGGCGAAGACGAAGGAAACGAGGACGAGAGAGAUGUAAUGGAUGACCUCGCUUCCCACAGAUCAGGCAGUGCACCACCGCAUAUACGCGGUGGUGCUGCCGAUGAAGAUGAUGCAGAGAGAUUGAGCAAGAAGUGCAGUGCACCCGCGUACGUUGGACUGAGCAGCGACGACAAUAGCGUCACAGCAACGACCACUGUGGCAUCCUCGUCUUGCAACAAGUCCCUCUCGCCACCGCGCAUACGCGGCGGAGUCAGUGAUCCCUAUAAAUUCAUAGGGCGUCCAGCCAUUGGAUACGCAGAUCCGCGCGAUCUCGGUAUCGUGUACGUACCCACCGAUCCCGGACCCCCAACGCAUCACGCUCUCGCCUGCUGCUAUACAUGCACACCUUUACGAUCUUCCGGUGGAGGGGAGAGUAGAGAGUUUGGAGCAAGGAUCGGAGUAUCUGGGAGGACUGCCUAA